UGUUGUUAGAGACUGCCAUAGCCAAACUUUCUUGAUAAUUGUCUCAUUGAGGAAUUUUGUUUUCAUUCCAUUGAAUUGUGAAAGUAAACGACUCAUCUGAGGAUGUAUGAAGAGAUAGUUCUUUUAUUACUUCUUUUAGAUAAUGUCUCUACACAGGACCUAUCAGUGAAUAAAACAAAUACUUUUCUACCUCUAACUUCACCAAAACCUAGCAGAAAUCACAUAGAUGAAGAACUACCUGUUACAGAAGAACCAGGACCUUACUUAGCAGAGCAAAAACAUGGGAAGAGAAAUGAGGGAAUGGAGGAGGAUAUCAGUGGAAUUGACUUGCUCUCCUUUAAAACUAGAGAAAAUCAAGGAUAUAACUUCACAUCUGUAAUUCCACAAAAACCUUUAAGGCGAUCAAGAACUGCCGAAGUGCCUGUAACAGCAUACCCAGGGGAUAUUUCCAUUGAGGAGACAACUACCCAUAAAACCUCCACAUCCUUACCUGUAACUUCACAAAAACCCACAAUCCAUCAAAGAAGAAAGGAAACAGAUACUGUGAGAACAACUGAAGGUUAUGUUUCAACCCAAGACCCAUCAGACCCAGAAGAACAAGCAGCCACACAAGGGCCAGCACACACAACUGAGCACAUGAAUAUCAUUACUUACCAUAAUUUAAGAACCAGUAGCCCAACAGAGGAAUCAGUAAAAUAUGGACCCAAAGGCCGCAUAAUCCACAAACUCUCUGGACCAGUGAUCACUGUGAUAGUUUUUGCUGUAAUAGCUGGUAUCAUCGGAGUCAUCCUCUUUGGAUCAGUCCUUGUUCGCCGGCUGACAACGAGAAACCAUUAAAAUCAUCCUCCCAAAACCACCUGAAAAGAAGAUUGUGUGAAUAAUUCUGUGGAAGAAUGGGAAAUAAUGCUUUGUCAUGCUAAUCGAAGACAUCUCUCUGAAUUGGAGACAAUAUCAGGAGGCACAUUUCAUCUGGAGGUUCCUGUUUUAGGGAUUCAAUGAUGGAUAGAUAAAAAUGGCUCAGCUGAGCCAACUAUUUUGAUAUUGUGAAAUUUUGAUUCCUAUUCCUGCUUUGGUUUUAUGUUUGCUUAAUUGUAGGAGUUAAUUGUUUAGGAACUCACCUGUGAUCUCCUAUCCCUGCGCCCUUGGAGGAUCUUCUUGGGUCUGAUGGCCACUUUAGACCACAUUUCAUAAAAUAAGAAACAAGUCUCUAAGGACAUUCCAGUGGCAGCAUCCUGAGAUCCAUUUAAACGUCCAGUUGCUCUACUACUUCUAUUAACCUUUUCACCUGAGACAAAACGCUAGCAUGCUAAUACAUGAUGAUGUUUUAUAUGGCAAUGUAAAUCCUGCUCACAAAGAAAAUUAACCCAGAAUGUGCAGCAUCAUGAUACCAGCAUCCACCACUGACUGCAGAAGGGAGAGGUUAUAUAGUGGAAGAAAGAAAAAGGAAUCAAGAGUCAGAGGACCUCAAUUUUCAUCCCAGUUCUAUUUUUUUCUCCCUAAAUAGUCCUAUUUUAUUUGUUCAUUUUUAUAUUCUUUUUUAAGCUUGUUAUUUUCAAAUAAUGUGCACAGAUAGUUUUCAAUAGUCACCUCUACAAAACCUUGUAUUUCAAAUUUUUUUCUCCCUCCUUUCCCCCUAUCUUCACCCCUAGAUGGCAAAUAAUCCAAUAUAUGUUAAACAUGUACAAUUCUUCUCUAUAUGUUUCCACAAUUAUCAUGCUUCACAAGAAAAAUCGAAUCAAAAAGGAAAAAAAAUGAGAAAGAAAAUAAAAUGCAAAUAAACAAUAAAAAAA